AAUCUCUUAGUUGCUUUCCUCUCACGCUCUCUGCUCCUUUUUCUUCCAUAUUUUUUCAUCUGAUAGAAAAUCUUAAGCUCCCAGCUGCCGCCAUGUCUGAUGAAGAGCAUCAUUUUGAGUCUAAGGCUGACGCUGGGGCUUCGAAGACUUACCCUCAACAAGCUGGAACUAUAAGAAAGAACGGUUACAUCGUCAUUAAAGCCCGUCCAUGCAAGGUUGUUGAGGUCUCAACAUCCAAAACUGGCAAGCAUGGUCAUGCCAAAUGUCACUUUGUUGGAAUUGACAUCUUCAAUGGCAAGAAACUUGAAGAUAUUGUUCCUUCUUCCCACAAUUGUGAUGUUCCCCAUGUUACACGUACUGACUACCAGCUGAUUGAUAUCUCUGAGGACGGAUUUGUGAGUCUGCUGACUGAGAAUGGCAAUACCAAGGAUGACCUGAGGCUUCCAACCGAUGAAAAUCUGCUGACCCAGAUCAAGGAUGGAUUUGCUGACGGAAAAGAUUUGGUUGUGACUGUGAUGUCUUCCAUGGGAGAGGAGCAGAUUUGUGCUCUUAAGGACAUUGGCCCAAAGUAGUUGUUCUUGCUUUGUGGAAGGUCAUCCAUUGUUGAGUGCUGAUCACUGUAGUUUAGCCGUGGGUCUGAGGGUUUGGGAAUCGGGCCCAUCUCAAGAACAUUUUACAUGAGAUGUGGCUUCACUUAUAAGACUUGUCAUUAAGUAGCCUUUUAUUGUUUAUUUAUAUUUUUGUACUUGGUGUGAAGAAGUUGAAUCUACUGGUUAGAGUAUGCUUCUAAACACCUUUGGAUGUUUCAAAACUAUUUACAGUUUCAUUCCCCAUAGUUUUCAUUUU